UAAUAUAUACCCCUUUUUAGCCUCUUGCUUGGGAGUCAUUUCCUUAAGCCUCUUUCUCUCUCUCUCUCUCUCUCUCUCUGCUUCUCUCUGCCUUUCUCUGCCUCUGUGUGUGUGUGAAGAUGAGCUUUCUAAACAUGGUAGAGGCAAAAUUGCCUCCAGGGUUCAGAUUCCAUCCAAGAGAUGAAGAACUUAUAUGUGAUUACUUGAUAAGGAAGGUUGCAGGCAAUAAUGGGAAGGGCAGUUCUUAUGGAUCUCCUAUGUUGAUUGAGGUAGACUUGAACAAGUGUGAGCCUUGGGAGCUUCCUGAAGUGGCUUGUGUGGGGAAAAAGGAAUGGUAUUUCUUCAGUCAGCGUGACCGGAAGUAUGCGACCGGAUUACGAACAAACCGGGCUACAGUGGCUGGUUAUUGGAAAGCUACAGGAAAGGACAGACAUGUUAUCCGGAAAGAGACUCUUGUGGGUAUGAGGAAAACCCUGGUUUUCUAUCAAGGGAGGGCACCCAAAGGGAAAAAGACAGAUUGGGUCAUGCAUGAGUUCAGGCUUGAAGGACCUUCAGAACCACAAAAAACUUCUUUUCAGCAGGAAGAUUGGGUGCUAUGUAGAGUAUUCUUCAAAAAUGGAGGAAUUUCUGCUAAAAAUAAUGUUGAAAACUGUUAUGAAGAUGACACAAGCUCUUCAUCAUUCCAACCUUUAAUGGAUUCCUACAUCAAUUUUGAGCAAACUCCACCUAAUUUAGUUGAGUUUGAGCAAGUGCCCUGCUUCUCCAGUUUUGCCCAAAACCAUAGCAACCCAAACAUGCCACCUUAUAAUCCUCAAAUGGAACAAAACAUAUUCACCAAGAAUUUAACCAGUUUUGGAGGAGUAACUGAUAUGGAUACCUUCUCAAGCCCUUCUUGUGAUAAAAAGGUAAUAAAAGCAAUCUUGAAUCACCUCAGCAAGAAUGAAAGCAAUAUGAAAGUGGAACAACUAGCACCAAAUUUAGGGGAAGGAAGUUCUGAGAGUUACUUAUCUGAGGUGGGUUUGUCAAGUAUGUGGAAUUCAUAUUGAAUAUUCAAAGAUAUUACAUCAUGUGUCAUGCAAGAAUGGAGAAGAAGGGUUAUGGUCCUCCUGUAAGGACAAGGUGCAAGGAAAAGGAAA